AAGAAGGACAGAGACAGAGGAGAAAGAGAGAGCAGCUAGAAAGGGCAGGCUUUCAUUCAGCUGAGAAACAUGUGCACUGCUCCCCAAGCCCAGUUUCUGUAAACCCAGGGCUGCGAGCAGCAUUGAUCACUGGCUCUCAAUGAGAGGAUUAAUGGGAAUUUGCACAAAGGCUUGGACGCUUACUGGUGCACAGUUGGAAAUCCAUACAGCUGCGUAAUGGGUUACAAAGCAACAUCCUUGUGUUGUGUCUUAAGAUGGCUUUGCUUCAUGCUCCUCUAUUUCUUUAGUGCAGCUCAGGAUGAAGACUUGAGAAGUUGCAGGACUGCACCGUGCGAUUUAGUCUUCAUUCUAGACGGCUCAUGGAGCGUUGAAGACGUGAAUUUUGAAAUAGUAAAGCGAUGGCUCGUCAACAUAACCACAAGUUUCAACAUUGGACAGAAGUUUACACAGGUUGGAGUAGUCCAGUAUAGUGAUGACCCCGUCUUAGAAAUCCCUUUGGGAAAGUUCUCUUCAAACAAAGACCUGAUCAAAGCAAUGGAGUCAAUCGAGUACAUGGGAGGAAACACAAGGACAGGGACGGCCAUUAAGUUUGCCACAGACAAACUGUUUGGCUUGUCUGAGCGGGGCCCUUCAGGCGUCUCUAGAAUUGCCGUUGUUCUCACAGAUGGCAAGUCACAAGAUGAGGUCCUGAAAGCUGCAGAGGCAGCAAGGAAAAAAGGAGUAAUUCUGUUCGCAAUUGGUGUCGGGUCAGAGACAGAGGUGGUGGAGUUGAGGGACAUUGCAAACAAACCAUUUACAACUUAUGUCUUUUCUGUUGAGGACUACAAAGCUAUUUCCAGGAUAAUACAGGUCAUACGGCAGAAACUGUGUGAAGAGAUUGUUUGUCCGGCCAAAAUCGCUGUUGAUUCUCGAGAUGAGAAGGGCUUUGACAUCCUGUUACAUUUAAAUUUGGCUAAAAAAGCCAAAAAGACACAAGGGGCAUUUCAAGGCACGAAAGCCUAUGAAGUGACACCGCGUGUUGACUUGAGUGAAGCUACAAGGACCCUUUUCCCUGAUGGGCUGCCUCCAUCAUAUGUUUUUGUGGCCACGCUGAGGUAUAAAGGAUCGGUGACUAUAGAGGAGUGGGACCUGUGGAGGAUACAAACUCUUGAUGGGAAACCUCAGAUGGCGGUGACCCUGAACGGUCUGGAACGUACCGUCAUGUUCACCACCACCAGCAACUCGCCCAGUGAAACUCAAACUGUCACGUUUUCACAACAGACAGCAAUGCUGUUCGAUGAGAAAUGGCACCAACUGCGACUGCUGGUCACAGAGGAGGACGUUACUCUUUAUGUUGAUGACCUGGAAAUUGAAUCACUAUCACUGGAGCCCUCUGUUGGCAUUUUCAUCAAUGGAAAAACCCAAGUUGGAAAAUAUGUCCAAAAGGACACAACAGUGCCAUUUGAGAUUCAGAAACUACGCAUUUACUGUGACCCUGAGCAGAAUAGCAGAGAGACUGCAUGCGAAAUACCUGGAGUUUGCUCCAACAGCCCUGAUUACUCUGAACCAACUCAAGAACCAUGUGUUUGUCCACCCGGACCUCCUGGACUUCCUGGAAUAAAGGGAGAGCGAGGAGGCACUGGGUUGCCUGGUCAGCCUGGACCUGCUGGUGCUGAUGGUAAGCCUGGUAUUCCUGGGUUUAGAGGAAGUCCAGGGCAACCAGGUCAACCAGGAAUAGAGGGCCCACGAGGACCAGAUGGGUACAAAGGCGAGCAAGGGAGGCCUGGCGUUUCGGUAGGAAGGGUGAGAGGGGUAUACCUGGAUUACCCGGAGUCCCUGGAAAGCCAGGAGAGAAGGGUUCGAUGGGACCACCUGGAAUACCAGGGUUACUGGGGAAAACUGGUCAAAUGGGAGAAAAAGGAAGUAUGGGACCUCCUGGACCACCUGGCUUUCCAGGAGAACCUGGUGCACCUGGAAGAGAUGGAAAGGAUGGAAGUCUGGGGAGAGCUGGUCAAAAGGGGGAAGCUGGAGCCAGAGGUAUUCCUGGUGCUGAUGGAAGGCAAGGCCGUCCUCUGUGAUCCUCAUGAAUUCGACGUUACCACAUCCCACAUCCAUGUAAACAUAAUGAGUGUAAAGAAAGCUAUUCAACUGAAUAAAUACAACUCUAUGAAAUGUUUUAAUCUGUUUCACUCCCAGGGUAUGCCUGGAUUAACUGGAACCAUAGGCCAGAGUGGACAAAAGGGAGAAGCUGGAGAGGCUGGACCACGCGGCUUUAAAGGAUCAACUGGACCACCUGGUGAGAUGGGUUUACCUGGUGUACCUGGUUUAAAAGGACCACCUGGACUCAAGGGGAACAAGGGUGAAAAUGGAAGCCCUGGGACAAAAGGAACACCAGGGCCACUGGGGAGUGAAGGACAACCAGGAAGAGCAGGUGAGCCAGGACACCCAGGCAUGCCAGGCCUAAAAGGAAGCAAGGGACAAAGGGGAAAUCCAGGCGAAAGAGGAGAGAUGGGAAUAAAAGGCGAACAAGGAGAGCACGGUCGGCCAGGUGUUCAGGGGUCACCUGGUUCAGGGGGGGUGAAAGGAGAGAAAGGGACAACAGGGGAUCCGGGGCAGAGAGGACCAGAGGGUCAAGUGGGGCGGCCUGGACAGCCUGGUCAAUCAGGCCUAACUGGCCCCCGAGGGCUGCGGGGAGACACCGGCCCUCCUGGUCCCCCCGGACCUGAAGGAAGAUCAGUGAAUGAAAUGUCAGAGAGUCACAUUCGGCAGAUCUGCAGAGAGAUUCUUCAGACCGAGCUGCCUUCAUUGUUGCUGAGCAACCAGCAAAGUAGCUGUACCAGAUGCCAAAGCCAGCCUGGAUCCCCCGGUCCUCCAGGUCCAACUGGACCCCAGGGAAUUCGAGGUCUUCCGGGACUCAGUGGUCCCAGAGGUCAGCCAGGCCACCCCGGUCGGCCCGGGCAUCCCGGUAUAAACGGCCUCAAAGGAGAACCAGGCAGCAGAGGUGAGGACGGGAGCCCUGGUCGUGUCACGAUUGGAGAUCAAGGGCCACCCGGACCCCCGGGUCCCGUGGGUCCUCAGGGGUACAGCAAACCAGGAACUCCAGGAAAGCCUGGACCGUCCGGUCUGAACGGAGCAGAGGGGAAAAGUGGUCAUCCCGGGCCUCCUGGCCAGCCGGGUGUAUGCGACCCCUCCCUGUGCUAUGGUAGUAUGAUGAGAAGGGAUCCCUACAGCAAAGGCCCAAAUUAUUGACGUAGCGAAGCAUCACUGCAGGCACCAGUCCGAAGCUGAUGCAGAACAAACAGCCAUUCUCAGGAAGAUCUCAUCAUUACAGUUUUUCUCUGUCACAGAAACUCAGUGUACCUCUUCUGACACUUUUAAAGUGAUUUCAGUCAGCAUUUUAGUUUUAGUCUUAUGGUGUUUUGUAAGAUUAUUCAUGCUCAUCCGAGCGCCUUGAACUGUUACGUUAGUGUGGCUGGUACACUUUCCUACAUUGCCCUCUGGUGUUCCUUUACUGCACGUUGCCCUCUUUUAUUUUCACUCCUCAGUCAGUGGGUGCUACACAGUAUCUUUUUUUUAUAAAAACAAAACACAGCAAAAAAAAUGUACAUAAAUGACAAGUUAGCAUUUUUUUAACCAAACUUUAUCUAUGAUAAUGGUAUGUUUCAUCACAGACCUGUGAGUUUGAUUUCCUCCUGCUGAAUAUGAGCUCCUGUAAGCCUGUGUUCUUUUAAAGCGUUCAGUUUUGACCGCUGAGCAUGAAAUCUUUUCACAGCAGCUACUUAAUCUAUUGCCUGCGAUAAAUCGAUGCUUAUCAUCAGUCUACAUUCAACCAAAUGUAUGUUCCCCAGGCUUACUUUUUAAAAAAAAAAUUACUGUAGCAGGUAUUUUAUUGUUAUUUAUAAGAGUGUCAAAAUGGUGUAUUUCAGCUGUGCCAGUGCUUCAACAGCUUUUGUAAUGUUAUUAUUUUGUGGCUUUUGUAUGAUUUGUUUUCUCUCUUUUUUUUAAAAACUAGAAUUAAAAUAUCUUAUUGAUCGAUGAUCUUCGUUUACCACAUAUUUUCCAAAACUUCCACUUGGAAGUUUGAGGCUUACCUCAGCACUGCAUCACAUUACUCAGCUCAUCUGUUUCCAUGGAAACUCCCCGUGCAGGUUCUUCUGCUGAAGUUUCUGUUGAUACUUCAGCGUUCAAAAAGGCCUGAAGCACGAUUGCUGUGGAACAAACGGUCCUCAGCUGGUUCUUCCGAGGAGGACGCCUGUGGGGAACUAGGAUGAGGCUGCUCCAGCUGAAGACUCUCCUCAGUCGCUAAGAGGAGGACCGGAACUAAGAUGCAGGCGCGUCGACUGUCCGCUAGAUGGCGGUAACCCCCCACGCGAGGCAUCGAUCCCAGUGACCAACAUGACCAACAUGUUUGUGGCCGUGGCCCUUGAUCCCAAAUCACAUGAAGAGAAUGAUCGAAUAAAGCUUCUCCAGAUUUCAUUUCUCUCCUAAACGUAUUUGUUACCAUAAUUUAAUUUAUUCAUUUAUACAUCUCCACUCAGAGGGGUAUUUUCUGAGUUAGGGUUGUGGCUUCAUAUUGACUCUUAUAAAAGAAAACUGACUCUAUCUAUUUCCUUUUUAUUGGAUUGGACUCGAUUAAAAUUCUGUCCUACAAUUGCCUAUUUGAUUAUCUAAAUAUAUGUGUUUGUGGACGCAACCCAUGAAAACAAGAAACUUGGCUGGUGUAGUCUCUUCAGUGUUCUCUAUUUCUAUUUGUUACGUUUGUUUCAGUAUUUCAUUGUGUUUUUAAGAAAAAAUACACCGGGGUGAAAGCAGUUGCUGUUGUGGAUGAAUGCAGCUGAAGUUCUCACCUGUAAACACGCGGACUUCAAUAACUUGA